UCAAUGGUAUGAGCGACCAACAGAUCGUUGAAGCUCGCUAAACCCGGUGCGGAACACUUCUCACUUCCGGUUUCUCCCCGGAGCCAUAACAGAGUGACACGCAAUCAUUGGAAGAGGGAAAAAAAGAAGAUGGCAGCAUCUAAAUCAGCGUUGGUUCUGUGCAUGGAUGUUGGGUUCUCCAUGUCCAACUCCGCCCCGGGUGAAGAGUCUCCCUUUGAAAUUGCCAAAAAAGUCAUCCAGAAGUUUGUUCAGCGCCAGGUUUUUGCAGAGACUAAGGAUGAACUGGCAGUGGUUCUGUUUGGCACAGACUCUACCAAGAACCAGCUGGACCAAGACGACCAGUACCAGAACAUCACCGUGCAUCGUCACCUCAUGGUGCCUGACUUUGAGCUUCUGGAGGAAAUAGAGAAUCAGAUCCAUCCAGAGAGUCAGCAGGCUGAUUGGAUGGAUGCUCUUGUUGUCUCCAUGGAUCUCCUCCAGACAGAAACAAAAGGGAAGAAGUGCAGUCGUCUCAGCAUUGUCCUCCUGACAGACCUCAACACUCAGGUCAACUCAGACCAGCUGGACGUCAUUAUUGAGAACCUGAAACAAACCGACAUCACCCUGCAGUUUUUUUUGCCUUUCCCUGCGGAUGAAAAUGAAGAGGGUGGAGGAGAUGCGGACAAUGGAGGUCCAAGUCACCGAGGCAUGGGCAAAGGUCUGUCCAGGGAGCAGAAGGAGGGCCUGGACAUGGUGAAACAUGUCAUGCUGAGCCUUGACGAGGAGGAUGGCCUGGAUCAGAUUUACACCUUUAGGAAUGCAAUCGAGCAGCUGUGUAUGUUCAAGCGCAUUGAGAGGAGACCCAUGCCCUGGCCCUGUCAGUUGACCAUCGGCAGCUGUGUGACGAUUCGUAUUGUUGGAUACAAAGCAGUGUUGGAAGAGAAACUGAAGAAAUCGUGGGCAACAGUUGACGCUCAAACUAACCAGAAAGAAGAUGUGAAGAGGGAGACCGUCUACUGUCUGGAUGAUGACAAUGAGACAGAGGUGCAGGUGGACGAUACCAUCCAAGGUUUUCGAUAUGGAAGUGAUAUUGUUCCAUUCUCUAAAGUCGAUCAAGAGCAGAUGAAGUACAAGCAUGAUGGGAAGUGCUUCGCUGUUCUGGGCUUCACCAAACAGAACCUGGUCCAUCGCCAUCACUUCAUGGGGAGUCAGGUCAUCAAGAUGUUUGCUCCCAAGGAUGAUGAGCACGCAGGAGUCGCGUUGUCCGCUGUCAUCCGAGCACUAGAUGAGCUCCAAAUGGUGGCCAUUGUACGUUACGCUUAUGACCGGCGCAGCAACCCUCAAGUAGGAGCAGCUUUCCCGUGCAUCAAACAGGAUUAUGAGUGUCUGAUGUACGUCCAGCUGCCCUUCAUGGAAGACCUCAGACAGUUUACGUUCCCUUCUCUUGACAACAACAAAAAGUUCAUUCCAUCAGACACCCAACUGUCUGCCGUGGACUCUCUCAUUGACUCCAUGAUGUUGGUAGAGGAGGAUGAUGAUGGAAAAAAAAUUGACAUGUUCAAGGUCCAUCACAUUCCCCACCCUGGCUUCCAGAGGCUCUUCCAGUGCCUGCAUCAUCGGGCAGUAAACCCUGGCACCCCUCUGCCACCCAUGGAGCCGUGGCUGAAGGCCUCUCUUGAGCGCCCUGAAGUGAUUACUGAACGAUGCCAGGCUCCACUAGAGGAGGUGAGGAAGAACUUUCCUCUCACAGAAGUGGAGAAGAAAAAGAAGCUGAAGACGAGUGCUCAGAUUUUUGGCAAAGAUGCUGAGGAGCCAGACGCCAAGAAGGCUAAAGGAGACGAAGAAGAGGAGGAUUAUAACCUGGCUGUCAUUGCUGAGGGCUCUGUUACAUCGGUGGGAAGUGUGGAUCCAGCCCGAGACUUCCGUACUCUGAUCAAGCAGAAGAGUCUUCCAUUCGGAGAUGUCUGUCAGCAACUGACUCAUAGGAUAGAGCAGUUGCUAAGCAACAAGAACACACACUACUACAUGAAAAGCAUCACCUGUAUACAGGCCUUUAGAGAGCAGUCCGUGAAGCUGGGGAAUGCUGCACUGUACAACAGCUACCUCCAGUCCCUGAAAAGAAGCAUCCCAAACAGACGGCUGGAGGUUUUCUGGGACCUGCUCGUUCAGGAUGCCAUAACACUUAUCAGCAAGGACGAGGUUGAAGGAAGCACCGUGUCCAAACAUGAAGCUAAUCAGUUUCUGGUUUCUGAGGAGAAGAAAGUGGAAGAGGCUGCACCACCAGUUGAAGAUACUGGAGAUGUUGAUGACUUGCUGGACAUGAUGUAAGAAGGGAGGCAAUGGGAGCGUCUUCACUGGACAUGCGGAGAUAUGAGAAGAAUGCAAUGAUUCAGUCCGGCCGGACCAAACCAAUUCAGCCGUCCAUUGUUCUGCCUCCCACUGGUACUCUGAGCUGGAGCUGCAUGUAUAGUGGACAGGUUGUUGAUAUUACUGAUGUUUACACCAGGAAUGUAAAAAAAUAAUUAUGCUUUUUUGUACAUUUCACAAAAAUUAGAGCUACACUGAUCAGUUGGCCAGGGGCUGGUGAAAGGCUGGUCAGUGUCAGAUUUGUACGAUGCUGUGCGGGUCAAAUUUAAUGUUAUGUUAUUUAGCCAAAGUUUGUGCACUCGUUUUGUCAUCAGGUCAGUGUGAGUCAUUACUGCGUUCUGCCGUCAAUAACAGUCAUACUUUCUAACGCCUCCCUCCUGUCCAGGGACAUUACUCGCGUUGACAGGAUGUGUAUCUCUGUUCUUUUGGGAAAGUAAAACAUUGUAGUCGAGGGUUACAGAUUGCACAUUUACUCAGAGUAUGAGUUGUAUCUGUUGUCUGAAGAGCAGCGAAUGCUUACGUCUUAUUCUUCACAUAUCAAUUACAGACUCCUGCCAUCUUUAGUUUUCACAAUAAGAGUCCCGGAUAGACCAGUAAACACUGUAAAUGCUUUUAAGACAGAGCAAAAAUCCACGUACACAUUUCAGGGCAUUAAAAGAGCUUACAAUGUGUUAUUUUUAUUAAUUAUUCAACAAUCAGUGAAUUUUACACUAAAAAGGUUUAAAAAAACAACAAAACAUUGCCAAAAAAAACCCCAAAACAUUGCCGUCGGUGCAUCUCCAACAAAAAACUGUUGCGAGAACUGUAUGUUGUGAUUUGUGUCAAUGCCUUAAAUGUCGAAAUUCUAAUUAAACUGUUUUAUGAA